AUGGAAGAAAAACAAUGUGAAUAUUGUGGAGAAACUACUGGAAUUGUUCAGUGUCAAUGUGGAAAACAUUUUUGUAAUGGCAAAAUUAUGAAUGCAGGAGUGUGCCAACUCCUUCAUCAUAUGAGAGUCAAUUCUCAUUUUAGUGUCUCUUUUAACGGAGUAAUACUAAAAUGUUCUAAAUGUGAAGAAACAAAUAUAUACAAUCUUCAUUAUAAAUACAAUUCAAAAGAUUUCUUAUGUUCUCAUUGUUUAAAAAGUCAGAGUAAAAUAAACAAACGAUUAUAUAGUAAGAAUAUUGUUAAUGAAGGUGCUGUUAUAAUAGAUAACUAUGAUGUUGGUCAAUCUGUUUCUUGUGUUAAACAAGACUUAGUUGACAAGAUCGAGGCUCAAUUCCCAAAAGAAAAAACAGAAAAAAGAGUUAAAAAUGAAUAUCCAACACUUGAUGAUUAUGUUCAGACUUACUUAUAUCUCUCUAGAAUUGAAAAGAAAGAAGAACGUAGUGUAGUUGAAGUUGAAUUAAGACAAGAAAAACAACGUAUUAAAUUUAUUAAACACCCUGGAUUUACAACUGUUGAAAUUAACCUUCCUAAAGCUAUUGGAGGUCUUCAGUUAGAAGAUGAAGUGAUUAUUAGUUGUGGUGGAUUAAAAGGAAUGGUUAAUGAUACAAAUUCAACAGAAACUAAGUUAUUUCCAUCUCUAAUUUUCAAGUCAUCAAAAUGUGUGUUUGGAGGAAAUAUUACAUCAAGUAGAGGUAAAACAGUUGUUGUUAGAUUACAAGAUUUUCUUUUUGGAAUAGAAUCUACAGAUUAUAAGACAGGUACAACUACCAUGAAGUAUCCAACAAAUGAGGAAAAAUGGAAAUACAAUGAAGAAAUAGUGAAGAAAACAUCGUUAUUUAGGAUAUAUUUUCUUACUAAUGAUAAAGGAAAUCCAUUCAUUAGAACAUUAGAUGUAUUACAAUCACGAGAAAUUGAUGGAUAUUAUUCAAAAAUAUUGUGUUGUAACAAGAUCCAAUUAACAAAAACAAAAGAAAUAAUAACUUAUGAAGAAAUGUCAGAAGAGAAAUACAAUAUUCCUAAUUUAUCUAAUUUGAACGAUUAUCAAACGAAAGCAAUUUAUAAUGCGUUAAACGAAGAUAUUUCACUUGUAAUAGGACCACCUGGAACUGGUAAAACUACAGUUGCUGUAUCAAUUGCACAAUACUUGAUUUAUAACAAACGUAGAUUUUAUAAAAUAAAUCGAGGUGAAAAAAAAUUAUUAGUUUGUGCAUCAAGCAAUAAUGCUGUUGAUGUGAUUUGCUCAAAACUUAUUGAAAAAGGUAUUCCAACAGUUAGAGUAGUUGCAGAUGAACAGUUUGAAAAUUGUAGUGAUAAAAUAAGAGAAAAUUCAUUAUUAAAAAAAGCAAUAGAAUUUACAGAGAAAAAAGGAAUUAAUGAAGUGGCAAUAACACAAUCUGGUCAAAUUAUUAUUAACUCAGUUUUAGUACAAAGAAUAAAGAAACAAAUACAAAAUAAAAAAACAGGUAAUGGUUUCGGUGAUAAUGUUGAAUUUGGUGUUGAAUUUGAUGAUGUUUCAAAUGAUGAAUCUGAUGAUGAAUUAGAAGAAUCAAAAAUAGUCAAUAUAAGAGAAUUACUAAAGAAAAAGUAUGGACAAUAUCCAACAGAAGAUGAAAAUAGAGAAGUUCAAAAAUGUUAUGAAACAUAUCUAUCAACACCAAUUAAUCAGAUAAAAUAUGGAGCAUUUGAAAAUUUUGUCAAACAAACUAAUUCAGAAAUACAAAAAAUUAUUGAUAGAGUUUCUCAAAGAAUAACAUUAGAAGAAAAUAGAUAUAUUAAUAACUUCACCUCAACUCAUUUUGAUGACAUAUUAUCUGGAAUAGAAUGUGUUUGUUCUACACUCACUAUUUGUACUCGUUCAAUAAUGCUAAAACAAAAAUUUUUUGCAUCUAUUGUUGAUGAAGCUGCUCAAUCUCUUGAACCAGAGACAUUGGCUGGAAUUAUUAAUGUUAGAAAAACUGUGUUAAUUGGAGAUAUUCAACAAUUACAACCAACAUGUCUUUCAACUGAAGCUAGAGAAGCAGGAUUCCAAAAAUCAAUGUUUGAACGAUUUAUGGCAAAUACACAAAUCAAAAGAACAAUGUUAAAAACACAAUACAGAAUGCAUCCAGCAAUUUCAGAAUUCUCAAAUAAAAUGUUUUAUUCUUCUAAAUUAGAGAAUGGAGUGAGUAGUGAUGAUAGAUUUGAUGAUAGGAUUAUUAACUUCUUCCCAGAUUACACAAAUCCUAUAAUGUUUAUUAACUGUGAUGGAACAGAGCAUUAUGGAAGUAGUGGAACAAGUUAUAAUAAUGCAGGAGAAGUUCAAAUAAUACAAGAGGUUGUUGAGAAAUUGUUGAAUAACGAUAUUGAAGAAAAUGAAAUAGGAAUUAUUUCACCAUAUCAAGCUCAACAAGAACUUAUUUCUCAGUAUGUUUCUACAAAGAUUAAAGUUGCUAAUAUUGAUGGAUUUCAAGGAAAUGAAAAAGAAUAUAUUAUAUUUUCUUGUGUUAGGUCAAACCAAACUCUUGGUGUUGGAUUUGUGAAUGAUUAUAAAAGACUAAAUGUUGCAUUAACAAGAGCUAAAAGUGGAUUAAUUAUUAUUGGUAAUAUCCCAACAUUAAUAACAUCUAAAGUUUGGAAUAUGCUAAUUCAUCAAUUUUAUUUGAGAGAUGCUUUAUUUGAAUUGAAAGAACAUGACUUUGUUCAAUACAACGUUGAAAACCAAGAAGAAUUUAAUCGUCCAUUAGAAAAAUCUCCAUUCCAAGUUCAAUAUGAGGUUGAUGACUCCGAUUUGUGUUGUAAACCAUUCGAUAAGGAGAAUGAAUUUUCUAGACGAGAAUUAAAUGAUGUUUGGGAUUAUGAUGAUUACUAUUAUGACGACUGCUGUUAUGAUGAUUUGUAUUGA